AUGACCGAAACCGCAAUCCAGGAUUAUGGAGAUUUCAAGAAUUUCAAAAAAGGUGAAGUAAAACCGGUGAGUUUUUUGUUUUCUAACGGAAAAAAAAACCGAGAUUUUCUUUUGUUUUUGUAGAUGCCAAUUUAUGAAUGGAUCUAUCUUCAAUAUAUUCUUGUUUCUGGACUUUAUAUGCUCGAACCUUGGGAGCGAAAACUCUUCAAUUCAAUCAUCGUAACAGUCAUCUCAAUAUUCGCUGUUUUAAUCAAAUAUCUAUUUUUCUAA